UUCAAUAAAUGGAAAUGGGGAAUCCUAGGUCAAGAAGGGGAAAAUAUUGACAUGUCAUGGGGUUGGCAACGAUGCGAGAAAACAGCAUGUGUGUUAACUGUUUAAUGAGAAGUUAACUUGGUCUCUAAACCUUCAUCGAAACACAAUGAAAAAAAAAACAAAUUAGGAAGAUGCAUUCAUAAAAAAAAUGUGAUAUACUCCAAAAAAGAGAAAAUGAGUAUGCUAAUUAUAUUAUUCAGUAGUGAAAAAUUAUGUAGCCAUUAAAUAUUACGUUAUAAAGAAAAAAAGUUAAAUAAUUCCAUAAUAACUAGACCUUCUUCACCCUUGGAGUCCCUGGGUGGCACAAACAGUUAGCCGCUUAGCUGCUAAUCAAAAAGUUGGCGGCUUGAGUCCACCUAGAGGUGCCUAGUCCCAAAAGAGCACAGCCAUUGGAAACUCUUUGGAGCACAGUUCUACUCUGAAACACAUGGGGUCACCAUGAGUUAGAAUCAACUCAACAGCAAUCAGUUCAGGGGUUUUUGACAGUUUGUUUUCUCCAAUCUUUAUUUCCCUUUAGCCUAGAGGGAGUUCUCUCCCUGCAAUUGCUGCAGUUGAAAGGUACUACACUGGUUUUCCUGUGGGGGUAUGGGGAUUUUGUGUUCUUUUCUUCAGAUCAGCAGAAAUAUGCACCAAGGAAACCAAACUACCAUCUCUGAAUUCAUCCUCCUGGGACUCUCCAAACAUGCUGAACAACAGAAUGUCCUCUUUGUGCUUUUUCUGGGUAUGUACCUGGUCACAAUGGUUGGGAAUGGGCUCAUCAUCCUGGCCAUUGUCUUGGAUUCUUACCUUCACACCCCCAUGUAUCUCUUCCUUGCCAAUCUAUCCUUUGCUGAUAUAUCCUCCAUUUCCACCUCAGUCCCCAAAAUGCUGAUGAAUAUUCACACCAAGAGUCAAUCCAUCUCCUAUGAGAGCUGCAUCACACAAAUGUACUUUUUCAUUGUUUUUGUCGUCAUUGACAAUUUCCUUUUGGGGGUCAUGGCCUAUGAUCGCUUCGUGGCUAUCUGCCACCCUCUGAACUAUACAACCAUCAUGCAGCCCAGGAUCUGUGCUUUGCUGACAGUCAUCCCGUGGGUCCUCAGUAAUAUUGUUGCCCUGACACACACCCUUCUGUUCAUUCAACUGAUCUUCUGUGACAGCAACAUUCUCCCACACUUCCUCUGUGACCUGGCCCCACUGCUGAAACUGUCCUGCUCAGAUACAAUGGUCAAUGAGCUCGUGUUGUUUGUCGUGGGCUUAUCUGUCUUCGCCUUCCCCUUUGCCCUCAUCCUUUUCUCCUACAUCCACAUCAUCAAGGCUGUCCUGAGAAUUUCAUCCAGAGAGGGAAAAUGGAAAGCUUUCUCUACCUGUGGCUCUCACUUGACGGUCGUAUUACUCUUCUAUGGGACCAUUAUAGGGGUUUACUUCUUCCCUUCAUCUACCCACCCUGAUGACACAGAUAAGAUUGGAGCAGUACUAUUCACUGUGGUGACACCCAUGAUGAACCCCUUCAUCUAUAGCCUAAGGAACAAGGACAUGAAAAGUGCCCUGAGAAAACUCGUCAAUACAAAACGGUUUCUCCCUUCAAUGCCCUGGGCGUCUGAAUUCUUUUUAUCUCCAUAA